UUAUGCCUGCGUACAAAGAAAYUCUAGAACAUAUCUAAUUCAACCAAUCAGACAAACAGCGUAGCUCCAUAAAAGACAGUCCAACUUUCUCUGGAGUUUAGUUUACACAUCUCCAAAACUCAUCAAAGAAUACUUCUUCAGCUAUGAAGGUGAUGAUAGUGCUUGCGAUUCUGUUCGUGGUGGUUGCUGAGGCGAGCCUUGUGAGGCGCAGUAAUGAAGUAAAAGAUAUUUUGAGUCAUGAAAGCUGCAAAUUCUUGAAAAAUAAUGGAUAUUUGGAUAUGUACGAAAAAUUGGAACUUCUUUGCCUUGGGACAGUUGGUUGCAAUGAUUCCAUCUCCACUGAUUGCUGCCGAUUUCUCAAAGCUCAAAACCAGUGCGCUGGAGAUCUUGGCAAAUUCUGUCAACUUACUUGCUUCAAGUGUGGRUAUGUCGAGCCUCAAGGAGCUUCCCCAACARUGGCAGCGACAUCGCGUCCACAAACAUCGUGCAAGUUUCAAGCACUUGGCAUGGAAAGCAAAGCCAUUCCCGAUUCCAGUAUUACCGCCUCGUCAGCGUCGAUCCCUCCAUCGAAUGCCAGAUUAAACUUUGAUGGUCGUGGCUGGCAGGCUAGUCGAACGCGGCAAGGAGAGUGGUUACAAGUCGACCUCGGCAAACUCACCAUGGUACUGGGCAUCGGAACGCAAGGUGGCUCAUCGUAUUAUUGGGUAACUAGCUACACSUUGAAGUAUAGUCGAGACGGAAAAACGUUCACGGAUUAUGAGUCUGGCAAGGUUCUUCACGGUAAUUCUGACGGAUUGAGGGAGAUCAUUCAUGAGCUGAAGCCUCCUAUCAAAGCGAGGUAUAUUAGAGUUCUUCCAAAGACUUGGAACGGCAAAGCCAUGACUCUUAAAAUGGAACUAUACGCAGAUCAGUGCAAAUAAG